GGAAACUAGGAGCGCUGUGUGAAAUGAAGGUCGUCCUGUCGGUUAUUGCGUUUGCAAUAUUUGUUUAUCAAGGACAUGCCUUAAAGCCCUCGUUAGAGAUUCUAAAAGUUUACAAGGGUGAUGAUGUAUCAAAUCAUCGGUGCUUUUAUAUUUCACAGACCGGAAAGUUGGAUCCACUCCUAACAACGACAAAACUGAAACUGGUAAAUUUUAUAUCUACUACUAAAGAUCAUCCUCAAUCUUCAUCAUCAUCACUGGCUGUAUCUGUUAUGUGGAAUAAUUUUAGUGAUAGAGAAAUAUUAUCAAUCAAUCCACAGCUUCUGAUUAUUGUUUAUGAUGGGGAAUUAAAUUCAAAAUUAAAAAUUAUAUUUGAAUCAUAUGCAUGGGAAGUAUUCAACAGAUCCAACUUGUUUUUGGAUGUCGAUCAGUUUAAUGAGAUAAUUUAUAGCAAGCGUUCUUAUCAAUCUAAUAUGAAUAUUUCAGUAUCCGUUUUUCCAUUUAUUCCAAACGCUAUGGCGUAUAAAUUUCUAAUUUGGAUUUUGUUGUAUGGAUUUGCUGUGACUAGCAUCUCAUUGGGCGCAUGGAUAAUUAUUGUUAACCAUGAAAAACUGUUACUAGAUUACGUUAGACAUCAAAGUUUUCUACCAAAGUUCAAAUCUUCUUUGUAUUUAUAUAUUGUCGUAUGUUUGGUAAUUUCUGUUACACUCUUGUUGCUAACUUACUUCCUGUAUGAUGUAUUAGUAUAUCUCUUAAUAGCACUGUUUGUACUGGUAGGCGCAAAUUCAAUUUCGAAAUUCCUUAAAUUUAUUAUCCAACGUAUUGCUCCUGCAACAACCAAAACGAUAACAAUUAAUGUAAAAUGUUGUCGAGUUAUUAGUCCCGGAAAAAUAUGUAUUCUUUCUCUAGUUACUUUACCAAUCGGUUUGGCCAUAACUGCAACGUGGUUGGUAUUUCGUAAUAAUGAAAUAAUUGGUUGGCCUUUGCAAUCUGUUAUCGGGAUGUUUAUAGUGGCAGUGAUUAUUUCAUCUGGGUUGAUUUUACCAUCAGUCAAGGUUGGUACACUUUUGUUUACUGCAUUUUUGAUCUAUGAUAUAUUCUUCGUAUUUAUUACUCCCUUAUUCAUAUCAACUGCAUCAACCAAUGUUAGUCAUUCCUCUGAGCAUAUCCAACUUACUAGAGCACGACGUUCAACUGCUCAUAGUUUUAUGGAAGCCGUAGCAACUGGUUCAGCCGGUAAAAGUGGAGAACUGAUACCGUUAUCAUUUCGUCUACUUAUCAAUGAACAUAUAGAAGUGAAUAAACACAAUACCGCGACCAUGCCAUAUUCUUCUCUUCUAGGAUUUGGUGAUGCUGUUAUUCCCGGUAAAGUGGUCAAUACAUUUUUGUUUGUUUCCGCAAAUAAAAUUUUAUCUAUCAAUAUAGGGAGUUUUUGACGAUUGUUGAAUGCUAUUGGGAUCACAAACCGACCUAAGUUGGAAAACCAUGGGAAACCAGGAAGCACUGGAAAACUGUUUCAUUUUUAUUAUUGAGAUUUUGUGACAGUGCCCAUCCACUGCUCCAUCGAGGAUCGAUUUUAAGACUUAGGUUUCAAGAUGAGUGAUCAACCUCCCGACUAUUGAGUCGACAUCCGAUGGUUUACAUGUCUGACUUUAAACAAUUCUCAGUACUUCACAACUGUCUGCUAUUGUCUGCGGUUGGUCACUUCACGCCGAAGAAAUCCGAACUCUAUUGAUUACGGCUUCUCACUAGCGCUUCAUGAAUUACCCCUCGAAAUUAAUCACUCGUGAGCACAUGAUAAUUAUCAGUAUUAUGGGGUUUAUGGAGAUCGUAGAGUUUUAUGCUUGUUUGUCUCAUUUUUUGUAAAGAUUGUAAUCUAAUGAAAAUGGUCUUUGGUUUUAUUUUUACAAUUCAAAAUCUACUAUUUAAAUUUACCGUCAUUUGGUGCUUUCUUAGAGACUUCAAUUUCAAAUAUUGAACUUUAUGUUAAUUGGAAUAAAGCAAAUACAACAAACGUAGUGGAUUAAGGGGGAAUUCAUUUGUUUCGUAGAUCCUUGUCAGUUCCUUACGACCUCGAAACGAUGACGACAACAAUUUUCGUUAUUCUACUAAUCUUCAUUAAUGCACAUAGAUUGGCUAAAAAUAAUUAUUACUACUAUUUCUAGGUUUUAAGCAGCUGAUGAGGAUCUAUGAAAUAAAUGAAUUCACCUUAUUCUAAUACUCUUGUUAUUUUUACUUUAAUAAAAGUUUGUCUAUGGGAAAAUUUUCUUUCAUUUUAUGUUAUUUGUUAAUAGUGUAUAUAUGUGACAUUUUUAUUAUUCUCUUAUCGAUUUGGUUGAUUGAGUUGUUGAAUUUCACUAAAAUUAUGAAGCGAUCAAUGUUAGACCACCAUUAAAAAUCUAGAAGCACUGAACAGUCUUUUCUUCCUAGUCUGGCACAAGAUGGCCGUCCAGUGCUUCCAGGUUUUCAAUGGUGAUCUAUCAUUAGUCGGUUCAUAAUUUCAGUAAAAUUCUUUUAUCGAUUUUCUUGACUGUAAUUUUAAAUGCAAUGUUAUUAAAAUUAAGUAAUCUCUCCAAUGACUAUGCAAGAUUUUUAUUUCCGUGGUCUACAAAGGUGUAUUUAAUGUUCACUUUAUUUUAAUCAGAAAUUUCAGUCAUUUUCUAAUGAAGCUUCUGUGUGCUUGUUUAGUUUUUGUAAUUGGUACCUUUCAUUUGAUGUCCCUAGAUUUUAUUGCGUCAAAUGGAUAUAUAUGUAUCGUAUUCUUGUUUCUUUAGAGUUAUUUGUUUCAUAACUUUGCAUCAUAAUUUGUAUUAGGUUAUUUGACAGUAUUCAGGGAAGACUGCAAUUUACAAGUUAUUAAGUUCAGUGAUUGAAUGCAAACUAGCGAAAAAUCCGAAUUUAAGUCUCAUACUGGUUGAUAUUUAUUAAAAAGUGAGAUUUCUGCAGCGCUAAGGGAACUGAUAUUCGAACCUGUUAGAAUUGAACUAUUUGGGCUAUCGAUAAUCUCUUAUAGGUUACUACUCAACAAUCGAUGUACGUAAGCAUCUCAGCCCUACGCAGAGAUUUAUAUUUCCAAAAUACUCCGUUGGAAAGUAAAAAGUUUCUCUUUUUUAUAGAUAUGAUAAAAUCUCACAGCCGAAUCAUAAAUGAACAUAAUGUCAAUCUGCAUUAUUUUGAAUUAACCUACCUUGAGACAUAUUCAUUAGUACAAAAAUAUAAACAAUCAAGUACUUCAUCUUAUUUACUUUAUUGCAUCAUUUUACUUGCUGGACUCCGUAUGUUUAGAAAUAAAUACAUUUUAAAUUAACAAGAAAAACAGCUAAAGACUACUUAAAUUAUAUGACUUAUAUAUUAGUCAUAUAUGAGUUAUACUUUUACGCUUCCUCAUUGUCUGUCACUGUUAUGAUUGUAAGUACAAAUGAGUAUUUAUUCAUAAUGCAAGAAAUAUAUUAAUUUCACGGUACAAAGAUGACAGUCUAUUGUAUAUAAUUCAUUUUAUGGUUACUAGUUGAUCAUUUUCUUACCUAUUUUUUCUCCGAAAAAAAAAUAAUUUUCAGGAUUAUUUAUCCAAUUUCUGGCAUUCUAUGAUGCAUGUUGGCGCACUCUGUACUAUCGACACUUUUUAGGUGGACUUUUAGGUUACUCACUUGGUUUCAUAGUUACCAUCAUUAUGUUAAACGUUACUAAUGUCAGUCAACCAGCUUUAUUGUACCUAUGUCCAUUUACUCUUCUUGUAACCUUCAUUGUUGUUAUCGUUUGUGAUGGUGUAAAUGAAUGGAAACUAAUGUGGUCAGGCAGUUUGCCUACAUUGGUCGAUGAUACAAAUAUGAAUCCGACUGGUGAUAACGACCGGGUUAAUCAACCAACUGAUUCUUUAGAAGUGAAUGAUCUAUAUUUAAUUGAAAAUAAAUCGCUUAAACAUUCAAAAACUCCACUAGUCCCUGAGUAAUAAUAAUAAUACCCAUUGGUAUAAUAUUGUUUAUAUCAAAAAAGAAAAGGAACGUAUUGUGGCUUUUAUUUCUUCAUUAUCUUUGUAAAUGCUUAUUUUCGUGAUGACUUUGUGAUUACAUCUGCAUUUUCAUUUGUAUUUGUGUAUGUGCGUUUCAGACUUUUUAUUCGUAAUGCUAUAAAUUAUAGUAAUCACCAUAUCCCAAAAACUAUUCGAUUCAUUUGUCAA